UGCUAGGCCAAAGUGGAGGAUAAGAACUGCAGAGACCAAAAGACUUCUUGUUAUAAAACCUCAGGAAACCCGAACUGAGAAAUUUGAAAAGCAAGCAAGAAAGAAAGGAAGAAGAAGAUGUUGUUUCAAGUAGGAGGACAAGGGACACGACCCACCUUCUUCGAGAUGGCUGCUGCUCAACAACUCCCUGCCAGUCUCCGUGCUGCCCUUACCUACUCCAUCGGUGUAUUGGCAUUAAGAAGACCAUUCCUGCAUAAGGUGUUGGACCAUGAAGAUGAAUUCUUUUCAUUGCUUAUGUUGGUCCUUGAGACUCAUAGCUUGCGGACUACAGAUGCUUCUUUUUCUGAAUCCCUAUAUGGAUUGCGAAGAAGGACGGUGAAGAUAAGAGUAAAGAAGGAAGAUGUGCGUCCAAACUCAGGGGAUGGAAUUCAGCACUCAGGGUUAGAAAAGCACCAAAGAAUUCUUUCAGUUGUAUUUUUGGUUGUGUUGCCUUAUUUUAAGUCAAAAUUGUAUUCAAUAUAUAACAAAGAAAGGGAAGCCAGGCUUCAAGCAAGUUUGUGGGGAAAUGGUGAUGAAACAGUUGAAGAUGCUGAAUAUUUUAGUGGAGGGGAGGCUUCUCUUGUUUCUAGAGAAACAACAAUUAGAGCACGUUUGAUGAAGAAAAUUCAGAAAAUUUUGUUUGUUUGCUACCCUUGGCUGCAUGCUAGUAAUGAAGGAAUGUCAUUUGCUUAUCAGCUCUUAUAUUUGCUGGAUGCUACUGGGUUCUAUUCGUUAGGACUACAUGCACUUGGGAUUCAUGUUUGUCGAGCUACAGGGCAAGAGCUGAUGGACACUACUUCUAGAAUUUCAAAGAUACGAAGCAAUGAACGCGAGAGACUUCAUGGCCCCCCAUGGUUGAAGGCGUUACAAGGAGCAUUGCUAAGCUGCGGAUAUACAAUGCUUGACUAUGCACAAACUGGCUUGAUUGCAGCAGUGUUCAUCUUUAAAAUGAUGGAGUGGUGGUACCAAUCUGCUGAGGAGAGAAUGUCAGCUCCAACAGUGUAUCCCCCACCCCCACCACCUCCAGCCCCGAAGGUGAGAAAGGAGCUUUUCAGUCUUGGAUUUCAUAGCGGGGUUGCCAAAGAGGGGAUUCCACUGCCACCCGAUAGAACAAUCUGCCCGUUGUGCUCCCAAAAGCGUGCAAACCCUUCGGUUGUUACAAUCUCAGGAUUUGUUUUCUGUUAUGCUUGCAUAUUCAAAUAUCUAUCUCAGUAUAACCGCUGCCCAGUCACAUUGAUGCCAGCAAACGUUGAUCAGAUAAGGAGGUUGUUCCAUGAUAUGUAGAGACGUGGAGAUACUGUAGGAGAUAAAUCCACAUAGUUUUAUACAAAAGGUUCAGUGACGCAGGCAAAGCCAUUGCAAGCUAAGCAAAAUAAUGUACAAUUUGCAGUCGUUCUAAACCCCCAUUUAUUUCAGCAGCAAUCCAUGUGACAUAGUCCUACCAGGACCGUACUCGACCCUUCUAUUUCUGCAGGCAAAUAAUAGAAGUCACCUAUUUACAAUUGUAAAUUAUCAAGGUCUUUUUCCCAUUCUCUCUUUUUUUUUUCCUUUUUUUUUUCACACUGGACAUGUAUCUCAGCAACUCAGUGCUAAAUAAAGCUUGAUUUAAUGCCCUA